AUGCUGCCAGCUGCCUUGUCGCUUGUACUGCUGUUGUACUCGUCCGUUUGUGCUGCGUACCUUCAUGAAGCGCUCGACUUCUCGAAGCCUUCCGCAAAGGAUGGGAGACUUGAGGCUCGCUUACAACCCAUUGAUGAUGUCGUAGUUGUGCCCGGGUCCUCCUAUAUAGCCAAGAUUGAAUGUAAGGACUGCCCGUAUGCCGAAUAUACGAAGGAGUCUGAGCGCAAGAUUGUGAAGACUGAUCAAAUCUUUUUGAUGAACUUCACCCUCUCGCACAAUAAUCGUACCAUUUUGCUCGAUGGCAACCCUGUUUAUCCCCUCCAAACUAUACCGAGUCCCCCAAGCUUUCGUGUCUUACAAUUUUCGCCUUCCAUUUCGAACAAGAAUCUAUCCUCCGGUCUAGCAUGCUCGGAUCUGUGGUGUUCAGCAGAAAAGAGCAAGCGUAGUCCACCUUGUGUCGAUUGGUGUUCAGGGCCUAGCCUCCCUUCGAUCCUCCUUGAUUACCUCUAUACCACCAAGCCCACUGGAUACACUGGCGAAGGCAACGACGCGGACGCACAAUACUGGGAGAUUGCUCUUGAUAUCAUCGGCGGAUGGUCUGGACACGAUCACGAUCCUUACUCGAAAUUUGACAAUGCAUCACAGAAGAUGGUGCGGAUACUGGUAGCCGGCAGGGAAGCGAAGCUGGAAAGCUACACAGGCAAAACGGAUACAAAGGCUGCGGGGGACCUUUUCGCUCCCGGUGGAGACGAGAAGACCUAUGAGUUUGAGAUCGUUGAUAUGAGAUUAGAAGCACGAGCAUACACUUUUCCAGCAGAAAAGACGCCGACACUUUGGGACAAGGUUGGGCGCUUCUUCGGCAAUGAUGUAUGGGAAGAGGAUGGGCGCCGCUUCAUCUAUCGCGGCAAAGAAUGGGGUGACUACGGAAAGCAAGGCUCACUGCGCAAAAUGCUCGGUGACAUCGUCCAUUGGGAUGAGUGGAACUCUGUUUUCGUCAUAGCCGGUAGUACCAUCGCUGGGCUUAUCGUGCUCUUCGGCAUUUACAAGCUCUGGCUUUGGUUGCAGGAACAAAAUGAGCUGGCCAAGUGGGAUGGUAUGGACGAUGUUUGGGAUAAUUUGAGACGGGAGAGGACUGCCGAGGAAGAUGAUGCGCUCCUACAGGGCGGAUAUCGCGACGACCCUGACGAGGGAGAAAGCUCAAGAACGCCAACAUUUACGGAUGAGCCGAGGACAAUGAAGCCACUACCGACCAAACCGUUACCAGAGAAGCCAUUACCUGAUGUUCCGCUUAUCGAUGCAUGA